AGAUAACAGCAUAUAAAAUCAUGAGUAUGAUCACUGCAAGAAGUCGAUUAGUCGGCUUGAGAAGGUUAGCAAGGCCAACUCGCAACCUUGUUGCUUGUCUGGCUGUUCACUUUCGAAGAAACAUCCAUGUCACCCCGGUUGCAUUGAACAAGAAUGACAACCGGGACCCACUCAAUUCAUUUUUUGAAAAACUUAAAAAGAACCCAAUUUCGAUAUUCCCACAAGAAGGUCCUCCACAUCCCAAGAUAACGAGGGCUCCUAAGAUCCAAUUGCCGGAAGAUCCGUUCAACUUGGAAUAUGGGGACAAAUAUUCUGAAUUAACCAAGGAGGAAAUCUUGUUUAAUUUCCAUGUCUACUAUUCCCUUGCUAAUAACUACCUGUACUUGGAUGAAUUGGAAUGGAGUAACCUGAAAGUGAGGGAGUUAUUUGUGAAAUACGAUGCAUUGAAUGGUGCUGACCAUAAAGCCGAUGUUCCUUCAGUUGCUAAGCAAAUGCACCUCCCAGAUAAGGCCGUUGAAGGCUGGUUCAACAUAUUUGAGGUGUUGUCAUCAGUUCCAUUUGCCAAUAAUGGCGAGUUAACAUGUGGUCUUUGUCCAAACGAAUAUGAAGCAUUUAAAGCUGGAGAAGAAGCGCGCAAGAGAUUUGAAGAAGCGUUCUUCCAAGAUGGAAAGAGUCCAAAGAGCUCAGGCAAAAAACUGAGAUCUAGCAAGAAGGAAAAGAACCUGCAAAAGGGUGUUAAGGUAAUUAGCAUAGAAAUAGAUCCUAAGAAGUUGUUCCAAGUGGGUGUUCUUAUAGGGCUUACUUUGUACAUAUUAAGUGAUGUGUUUAAACUGGAUGAUUCGAAUGAGAUAACUUUCCAAGACUUCACCUCAAACUUCUUAGCCAAGAAUCUUGUGUCCAAGAUUGUUGUUGUCAACAACAAAACUGCAGUUAUUGAAUUGAAUCAAAAUGGAUUAGCACAAUAUGCUCAUCAUCCAGGUAAAUUCUACUUUACAAUUGGUUCAGUGGAAACAUUUGAACGUAACCUCCGUGAUGUGCAAGACAAGUAUGGUAUUGAACCAAACAUGAGAAUUCCUAUUGUUUACACCACUGCUGGUGGUAUGUCCAAGAUGGCUAUCAACUUAUUACCAACUAUAUUGUUCCUUGGGGCCAUAUAUUACAUGACAAAAAAGGCAUCGUCCCAAAUGGGAGGAGGCGCAUUUGGAUUUGGUAAAUCUAUGGCCAAGAAAUUUAAUGUUGAGACUGAUGUCAAUAUAACCUUUAAAGAUGUUGCUGGUAUGGAUGAAGCUAAACAAGAAGUUAUGGAGUUUGUCAAGUUUUUGAAGAAUCCAGAAAAAUAUGAGAAAUUAGGAGCCAAGAUUCCUCGUGGUGCUAUUCUUUCUGGUCCACCAGGUACUGGUAAGACUCUUAUUGCUAAGGCCACUGCCGGUGAAGCCGGAGUUCCUUUUUACUCUGUUUCCGGUUCUGAAUUUGUGGAAAUGUUUGUUGGGGUAGGUGCCAGCAGAGUUCGUGAUUUAUUCAAGACUGCCAGAGAAAACGCACCUUCUAUUGUCUUUGUUGAUGAAAUUGAUGCUAUUGGUAAACUGAGAGGUAAAGGAAGUUUCUCUGGUGGUUCUGAUGAACGUGAAACCACUUUGAAUCAAUUGCUUGUGGAAAUGGAUGGGUUUGAAAGUUCUGAUCAUGUUGUUGUUUUGGCUGGUACUAAUCGUGCUGAUAUUUUGGAUCGUGCCCUUUUGAGACCAGGUAGAUUUGAUCGUCAUAUCCAUAUUGAUAAUCCAGAAUUGGAAGAUAGAAAGGCGAUUUUCCAAGUUCAUUUAAAGAAGAUUACUUUACAACCAAAUAUUGAUUCCGAUUUACCAGGUAGACUUGCUGCAUUAACUCCUGGUUUCUCAGGGGCAGACAUUGCCAAUGUUUGUAAUGAAGCUGCAUUAAUUGCUGCUAGAUUCAAUGCUGAAACUGUUACCUUGAGACAUUUUGAAUUGGCCAUUGAACGUGUUAUUGGUGGUAUUGAAAAGAAGUCUAAAUUGUUGAAUCCUGAAGAAAAGAAGAUUGUCGCUUACCAUGAAGCCGGACAUGCUGUUUGUGGCUGGUACUUGAAAAACGCCCAUCCGUUAUUGAAAGUGUCUAUUAUUCCUCGUGGGCUGGCUGCUCUUGGAUAUGCUCAAUAUUUACCCCCAGAUGAACAUUUGAUGAAUACUAAACAAUUGAGAGACCGUAUGGUUAUGACUUUGGGUGGACGUGUUUCUGAAGAAUUACACUUUCCAUCUGUCACUGGUGGUGCAUAUGAUGAUUUCAAGAAGGUGACUCAACUUGCCCAAGCCAUGGUGUUGAGAUUUGGUAUGUCGCCUAAGAUUGGGAUGGUUAAUUAUGUUGACUCGAGACAAAAUGACUCCAUGACUAAACCUUUCAGUAAUGCUACUAAUAAAAUCAUUGAUAAUGAAGUUAAGAGGAUUGUGGGUGAUUGCUACGAAGCAUGUAAGCAGUUAUUAACUGAAAAGUCAGCUGAAGUUGAAUUAGUUGCUCAAGAAUUGUUAAAGAAGGAGUUUAUUACUAGAGAAGACAUGAUUAGAUUGUUGGGAAAGAGACCGUUCCCUGAGAAUAAUGAUGCAUUUGACAAGUACCUUGCUGGAAAACCAGCAUUUGAGAAUAACCAACCUGAAAAUGAGCAUAAGGAUAAUGAAUAAGUAUAUUUUAAACCUUGUAAAUAGAAAUAUAUGAAAUUAGUCGUAGCAA